CUGUCCCCAGGCCCGCCUGGCUGGUGAUGAGAGACUCGGGCUGAGGUGACCGAACCGGUGAGCACGACCGUGAACGCAACCAUGACCGAGAAUCAGACCCAGACGAAAGCCAAGCUCAUCGCAGAGACCCGACGGAGGUUCGAAGCUGAGUAUUUCACAGAUAAGUCUGAUAAAUAUGAUCCACGUGAUGUUGAAAGGCUGCAGCAAGAUGAUAACUGGGUUGAGAGCUACUUAAUCUGGAGACACAAUGUUGUAGAUGAAACACUGAAGAUGCUUGAUGAAAGUUUUCAGUGGAGGAAAGACUUUGCUGUCAAUGACCUGAAUGAAUCCUCCGUUUCUAGACGGUUAUUGGAAAUUGGUGGUAUUUACCUCCAUGGUUAUGACAAAGAAGGCAACAAACUGUUCUGGAUCAAGGUGAAGUACCACGUAAAAGACAACAAAACUGCAUUGGACAAAAAGAAACUUAUAGCAUUUUGGUUGGAACGUUACGCUAAAAGAGAAAGCGGGAAACCUCUUACAGUGAUGUUUGACCUGUCAGAGACUGGACUGAAUAACAUAGACAUGGAUUUUGUACGAUUUAUCAUCAACUGCUUUAAGGUUUAUUAUCCUAAAUACCUCUCAAAACUGGUCAUCUUUGAUAUGCCUUGGAUAAUGAAUGCUGCUUUCAAACUUGUGAAAACCUGGCUGGGGCCAGAAGCCAUGAGUCUGUUGAAGUUUACAACGAAAAAUGAAGUCCAGGAGUAUGUCAGUGUAGAAUACCUGCCUCCCCACAUGGGCGGAACUGAUCCUUUCAAGUAUAGCUACCCACCACUGGUUGAUGAUGACUUCCAGACCCCAUUGUGUGAAAACGGGCCUGUUGCCAGUGAGGAUGAAGCUUCCAGUAAAGAAGAUAUAGAAAGUGAUGGGAAAGAAACCUUGGAAACAAUUUUGAAUGACGAACCACCAGCUCCUGUGAAAAAGAUUAGCCCAACGGAACAGCAGAGCUCCAAAGCCGAAGAGAACGAAAAAGUGGAUUCAAAGAUAAAAGCUUUCAAGAAACCAUUAAGUGUGUUUAAAGGACACUUACUACAUAUCAGCCCAGCCGAGGAGCUGUAUUUUGGAACUGCAGAAUCUGGGGAGAAGAAAACGUUAAUAGUGUUGACAAAUGUAACUAAAAAUAUAGUGGCAUUUAAGGUGAGGACGACUGCGCCAGAGAAGUACAGGGUCAAGCCGAGCAACAGCAGCUGUGAACCUGGCGCUUCGGUUGAUAUAGUUGUGUCUCCCCACGGGGGUCUAACCGUCUCUGCCCAGGACCGCUUUCUGAUCAUGGCCGCAGAAAUGGAGCAGCCAUCUGGCACCAGCCCUGCCGAGUUGACGCAGUUCUGGAAAGAAGUUCCCAGAAACAAAGUGAUGGAGCAUAGAUUGAGAUGCCAUAUUAUUGAAAGCAGUAAACCAACCACUCUUCCUUUAAAAGAUGGUGCUCUUAACAUGGCAGAUAAAACCUGGGAAGAUAUAUGUCUGCAGCUCAAUCGUUUACUAGAAAACAGUAGGAGACUUCAAGAUCAAGUUCAGCGCUGCAUCUGGUUCCAGCAGCUGCUGCUUACCCUAACUAUGCUUUCGCUUGCUUUUGUCAUCUCGUUCUUCUACUUGCUGUACAGUUAGAGCAGGUGUGCCCCUGGUAGGCAGCGUGGCUCCCCCAUUUGAGCACUGGAACAAGAACAAAAGGAAAACCACUCCACUUGGAGUCCUAGAAAGGGGUUAUGCGUUGCUUAUGAUGAGGGGAAGAGCUGGCCGGCUUACCGAGAAACCCUUAGAAAAUGCUGAUGAAAUCAACUAGCAAGAGAUUCAAUAGGUAGUAAAUAAAGGUAUAUCCAUGGCAUAAAUUAAUUGUUGAAGCAUAAUUUAUAUUUAUUUUCCUUUGGGGUUUAUAAAGCGCUAGCUGAACUGAAAAAAAUGUGUAAGUAAAAUGCUCUGUGGCAGUCAAAACAAACAAAUGAACCCUGCAGUCUGCUCGUUAUGAUGGAAUUAUGACAGCUGAGCCUGUGGGCUUGCUUAUGUAGGCUCUGUGUAUGGGAGAACAUGGGUACAAAAGACAGAAGAUCAACUUCCACAGAAGCGUGUCUGCAGUCAGGACUUGGUGAUUUUGAGGACUCCUUCCAGCUGAUAGCCACUAUUUUUUGGGAAUGUAAAACGCUCUGCUGCCAAACCACCUCUGGCCUGCCUGUCAUCCUCAGCGCUCCUUCUCUGCAGGCUGCCUUGGAUUCCCCCGGGGCUCUUUUAUGAGCACACUUCCUUUUUCCAGAAUUUGGAAAAACUGUUUUCUCUGAAUUCCUUCUGUGCCAUUCCAGCUCCUGCAUUGGCCCGCUCUGCUCACCUUGGGAAGAGCCUCCAUGCAGACCCUAAGUUGUACUUCUUGACCCUCUCCGUAGCCAAAAGGAACUCGGUUAUUUAUUUAUUUAUUUCUGUUGGAAUGGGCGUGGCGAGCUCCAGCCCACCAACCUCACUGGCAUGGCAUCGCUUCCACCUCACAGAGCACUGUAGUUUGUGUCCAUUUCCAAUCCACCAUGAGAAGGAAAGUUAGAAAAAGCUGGAGCAUCUCUGUGGCUGCACUCAAACUUGGACACUCAAGGGUCCACUAGUGGCUGAACGAUGGAAAAUGCUAAUUCCUGGAAGGGGGUGGGGUGGAUGGUGCUGUGAAACCUUUGAGCACGGGGUGAAUUCGCCAGCUUGCCCUUCUGCCUUGGUCGCCAUCCUUCCAAAUGGCUCCUCACCUCACACGCACACUGCUGGAGCAGGGCCUGGUGAAGUGCGGUUUGUCUAGUCGUCCAUUCGUUCAUUUGCAGUUCAUGCUGACUGAAAUGUCAGUCUACUUUAUGUCAAAGAAAAAGUCCGCCUGCAAAAGAAGUUUUGCGUUUCCAUUGUGCCAUGUUCAGAAUUCCAUUGUUGUCAUUAUUCUGAGGGUUAGUGUUGUUGGCUUUCCUGUUGAGAUUUGGACAUUCCGAAGUUGAGCUCUGAGUUCCUGUGACGAUAGAAAACCUUAAAAGGACACUGGUCUGGUACUUUGUCUUAAUUGGAUUGAUUUUUCUGUUUCAGUUACCCAACUCCAGAUGCGAAACGGACAGCAAUCCAUCCUAAGUAUACUAGCCAUCAUAAUGGCUCCUCGUGUCAGGCAGGGCCCAGCAGCCAUCCCUGCCUGGUAUGCUAACGUUGGGCCUCUAUUAGAAUCCAACCCCAAGUCUUUGUGUGUGUUCUUUGUUCCUCCACAAAUAAAUGAGGAAAUAACUCACAAGAUUGGAAAUUUGUGGUCCUAACAGUGUCCUUUUAAUGUUUCACAUGGAAAUUCUGUGGGCGUUCUAACAUAGCCUGGCUUGAUGUCUUAUUCCUCCUUUACGACUGAAUUUAAUAACAUGUCUCUUGUGAAUGUCAGUCUGUUCAAUGUGACUAGGCAGAAUUAUUGACAAUUAACGAUAAAGUGAAAGACAGACAUAUAACUACUUUUGUUCUUGUCUGGAUUAAUAAUAUAUAUUUACCUUUGAGUCUAUUCUCUCCAUUUGAUUUUAUUUAAUCAUACUUGUAUGGUGAUUUGGGGGAACUCUACAGUUUGUGUUUUGAUUAUUAAGGAUUUUAUUAUUAAUCUUGUCAUUAGCUGUUCAUGACCAAAUUACCAAGGACCAAGCUUUAGAUUUAGAUUUUCGUUUUCACUUGGGAAUAGAAAUUGAUUCUCCUUGAAAACAUUAAUGAACUAUUAUAAAAUUGGUCUGCAAGUAGCUUAAUGUGAUUGCUGGUAAACCUAGCCUCAAAUUUCAUAAUUAUACCAUAACUGUUUUUAUAUCUUGCCACUAAUUUUGACUGAAUUUAAUAGCACUUUAUUGUACAAUUGCAAAAACAAAUAUAUUCCUAGAAUUGUUGCCAGUAUAAUUUCUCUAAUGUUCUGGUGCUUUUCAUAUAUUUUCAGUAUUUUUAUUACUAUAUUGAUAUUUUCUUUGUAUAAAUUGAUCAA